AUGGAUCCAUUCCGUGCAGUAAAUCUUCUCAAUGUGCAAGAGAAGAUUGAAAGCAUCUCCUCUGGAGGGGACUCAGUUUAUCUUGGCACUGCAAUCGGGAACAUUCUGCAGCUGUGGCCUCAAGAUCCUCCAGAAGCCGCUGCACUUAGGGGAGCCGUGGCCCUCGGUUCAAAGCGGCCUGUCGAGCAGGUUUGUGCCACCUCCCGCUUUGUUUUCGCCAUAUCAGAUGGAGUCCUCUAUGUGCUUCGGGCAGAUGUCCAAUCGGCCACGCCUGUGGAGCUGUGCAGAGACGCGAAGAACAUGUGUCUGCACACGGGCUCGGGUGACGAAGCGGCAAGCCCUGCAGAGGUAUGUGUGGCGAUGCGGAAGAAAUUGGUCCUGUUCAGUCACAACGGCAGCAACUUCGAGCAGAGACAGGAAUUUCCGACGAAUGAGGCGGCUUUGGCCCUCGCAUGGCAUCAGUCGUUGAUAUGCGCCGGCUUUCGUAGAGAAUACAAGCUCUACUCCGAAAGGACCGGCCUUGCUUGGGAGGAUGUUUGCCCUCUGGAUGGAAAGCACACUCCGCGAAUAGCUGUCUUGCCUGGAACCGAGCUCUUGCUGCUGAUUCAGGAGAAUGUUGGCCUCUUCUACAAUCUCAGCACGAAGCAGCCAUCGCCCAAAAACAUGGUCACGUGGCCAAGGAAAGUCACCCAUCUGGGUGCAUCCGCAAAUUAUGUCUUUGGCAGCUCUGGCCUGGGUCAACUGGACAUUUUUGGCAUCCAAGAUCAGAAGAAUUGUCAGACUCUAACAUUGGAUGGCGUGACGGUGUCUAUUUGCCAAGCAGGUGCCGGUCGGGCUCUGGUAGCCGCUGAGACGUCAGUGACCUGCUUGAGCCCAAUUCCAUUUGACAAACAGGUAAAGAAACUCCUCUUGCAAGUCCGCAUCAAUGAUGCCCGAGAACUCAUCACUGCCACAUACGGUCCAGAGGACCCCGAGAGACAACUGCAGCUGCAGCGCUUUCAAAAACUGGCUGGUUGGGCAUUGUUCAGGGAUCUGCAGUUUCUGCAGGCUUUCGAACACUUCAUGUACUGUGUCGAUUUUCGGGUGGACCAGGUGUUGAUGUUUUGGGGUCGCCACCUACCAGCAGGAUGGGAGCCAGCUACCGCGAGGCACGAAGAUGAUGGGUCUCCCGAGCCAGUUGACAUCAUGGACUUCGUCCGCAGCAGACUUGCAGAACGGCAGCCACCAGAGGUCGGUGAUGCUGCAGUGUCAGCAAAUGUUGGCCUGGCCAAUGCAGCCGCCGUGUCCUUUUUGCUGAAGCAGCGCGAAGCCAUCCUGGGCCAGGAACGCCUACCCCAAGACCAAAGGACACAGGGUGCGAUAUCCCCGGCAUCCUUGUUGCGUGCAAUGGACACGUUGUUGCUGAAGUUGCUCCUGGAAGCAGACGAGGAUGACGUUCGACUCACUGAAGUUCUGGAGCGUGGUGUUAGAUGCAGGGUCGAGGAUUGCGAAGGUUUUCUGAGAGAACGUGCCAGAGUGGAUGUACUGGCUCGCUUGUGGAAGGCCCAUUCCAUGUACGACCUUGUUUUGCGCGAAACAAGCGCGAUGUUGGCCGGUGGCAGGAGGGAUGCUCGUGCGGAUGCUGCUCUUACUCAGAUGGUGGAGGCACUGAGGAGCGCGCGACGAGCUCCCAAUGGAGCCGACUUGCUUCGCGAGUACGUACCGCAGCUGCUGUCCAUAGAUGCUGAAGCUGUUCUUCCAGUGGUCGUGACGACAGGCAGAGAACGCGAGAUGCCGCUGGAAGCAGAUGAAGUCCUUCGUCUCCUUCAAGGCCACGACUCGCUCGUGCUGUCCUUCCUCGAGGAUCUUGUCGUGAACAAACAGGCCGCGCCGCAUCACUGCGCGAAGCUGGGCCUGGCCUACGUCGCCAAGGUGGAGGAGGAGCUCUCCCUGCCUGGAGCACAGCGCAUGACGCAGACGAGAACCAAGCUUUUCAGGUUCUUGGAGGAAGCUGCUGGGGUCAAUGCAGAGCUGCUUCCCAAGCUCGCAGCUCUGCAAUUGCACGAGGAGCGAGUAAUCGUGUGUGGACGCGAGGGUCGGCAUCGCGAAGCUUUGCACAUCCUCGUCCUUGACUUGAAUGAUCUCUCUCGAGCAGAAGCUUAUUGCCGACUGGUAAUGGCAAGGGAGCUGCAACGUCCGGCAGCGACGGAUAUGUCGGUGUUCAGUGCCGAUCUGCCGGGUUGGGCCCGCGGAGUGGUGUUUGGGCCAAAGAAGCCCAUGUCCGGUGACAAAGCUUUUGAUGGUUUCCAGGACGCGACAUCUGCAGCGACAGACCGUGCCGAAAGAGCGCGUCCGUUGAUGCUCUUUCUGCAGAUCUUGUUGGAGGCCCACGAGGGAGCAGCCGCAAAGCCAGAAGAACACAAGAAGGUGGCAGCGGAGUACCGUGAUGCCGUGCUUUCCCUGCUAAUGGGAUAUGCUGCCCAUCGCGACCUGCCGCCCAACGAGGUGUUGGCAUGCUUGCCUGCGAAUUGGUCCCUUGAGGGCAUCUCGGACUACCUCAGCAAGUGCGCUCGACUCUGCUUGCACAGGCAGCGUGCUAGCAUGCUGGAAGAGAACCUGAGUUCUAUGGCCUAUUUGAAGACUUUCAGCGCUUGGGCCAAGGAACGCAUGAGAAAGGUAAACAUCACACUCGACAAAUGCUGUCCGGUUUGCAACAAGCGCUUUGUUGACAAGGAUUCUGUCGGGAAAGCCUUCGUUGCCUACCCGAACGAGACCUGCGUGCACUUUACGUGUAAGGACGGAUCUGACUGCCCGGCCACCACGAGCCCCUCAGAAACCUGGACCGCAGAAAAGGGCAAAGUGAAGUUUUUCCAGGCCCGAGCUGAAGUGAAAGAGCGACAGGUCUUGGGUGCAGGAUGUGGCUGGGGAUGUCCAAAGAUCAUUGACGAGUGGACGAGCUUCCGGGAGCAAGAAGACGGCUCUAUGGAGUUCGAAGUAUCGCCGUCAAAGCAAGGCGGAUCUGUAGCUGCUCACUUCAAGGUCAUCGACAUGCCACAGGCCUUUCAAGCAGAAGAGGUUGAAACAGAACCCGAAUCGGAAGACCGCGUGCAGGAGGAUUCGGCCACGGCCGCCGCUGUGAAUGCUUGCUCACAGUCUAAGCAAGUCAAGCUGCCAGAUGGGCGACUGGAGUGCGAGUUCUGCGGUCGCAAGUUCAAUCCGGCCAGCUAUGCGCGACAUCAACCUGUUUGCCAGAAGGUGUUUGGCAAAACUCGGCCGCAGUUCAUGCCAGCUUACACGGUAUCCAAGGCGCCAGCAGCUCGAGGACCAGGCACUGGGCAUGAGCAAAAUCCUGGUCCUCCCCUGGUGGAAACGAAGAGCGAAGCGAACAACGAUCACAACGAUCACCCGUGCAUGGGAGACAGCCGCAGGCCAUCGGCUGACGCAGCCGGUACUGUGCCGGACAGGAUUCAUCGAGCAGUCCCUUCGCGGGCCAGGACCACUUUUGCCUCGGCAUCGGAGACCUGGUCUCUGCAAGCGCCGAGGGGUCCAAUCUGCGACGACCUCCAGGAGAAGGAGCAAAGAGUCAGACAGGUCAUGGACGUGCAGAUGGAGGAAAUCCGCAACAUGCGGCAACAAGCCUCCGAGGACCCAGAGGAGCCACCCGCAGCUCCACCGGAACCCGACAGCGAAGGACACAGCUCGCCGAGUGCCAGGUCAGGGAGUCUUUGCAUUCCGCCCAAGGACGCCCCAUCUGCUCGCGAUCUCCGCCAGCGAGGCGAAGCAGCGCAGCGAGUAGAUGCCUCGAGCCAUGAAGCUACAACGGCUCCAGCACACGAGCGAGUGAGGAAAAGCUACAGACAUGAGGAGACACCGCUCCCACACAACCAAGCGCAGAAGGACGCACCCACAGGCUCCACAUCGAUUGGUCAAGGCACAGAGACGGUUCAGCAUCGUCCUGCUCCCGAGAAGGUGGCCCAACAGAUUCUGCCGGCUGAAGGAGUGGUGGCCGCGCCAAGUGUGUCAGAGCUGCACCUGAUGGCAUGUGAGGACUGCGGCCGCCGCUUCAACCCUUCCAGCCUGGAAAGGCAUCGCGCAGUGUGCCGGAGCGUGUUUGGCGGCAUGCAUAUGAGAUCGACCUUCGAAUCUCAGAAUCAGAGGCUGCGGGACGUCAAGGACCGCAAGGAGCGCGCAAGUGGCCCUGGUGCUGUCCUACCAUGUGAUGCCGCUGGACGGAACGAUCGUCGGACAAGGACAUCCUCAGACGCCGGCACGCCGGUGGCACAAGCUAGGGCAGCUAGAGCGACUUAUGCCGCGCCAGGGCCUGCACGGCCCGGUGCGACCCAGGAGUGUCCGCAAAGCGCAACUCUGCCGUGCGAGCAGGUCGAACAACGGCUGGCUCGCGGCAAAGCUGUCGCGGAACGGGCACAAGGAGUUUCCACUCCGCGACGGUCAGCUCUGCGAGAGUCUCUUCGAGAUGCCCCCAGGAAUGAGGAUCUACAGUCUGGCACUGGCCCUGGCCGCUCCUUCCGGCCGGCUGAAAAGCAUGCAAAGGUGUGCCAACAUGUUUAUCCAGCACACGGCGAUGCGAAGCGGUCAACUUGCAGUCGCCAGAGCCUCAAAAGGACUUCCCCCGAGGCAACGUGGCACACAGUUGGGUCUUCUUCACGGCCUUCUGGACGAGGGAGCACAGAGGCAGCAUCACCAGGUGCCAGCGGUAGGCGUGUCAGUUCCACACCACCUCGCACUCGGCAAGACAGGUUCGUGAAGAGCAGUACUUCAUCGACAUCUGUGCGAAACGCAGAGGGAGGCCUCGGUUCCGGCAGCGUGGAGCUCAUACAUCGGUCCGUCUCGGACAUCCUGACACCGCGAUCCUCUCAGGACCCUCAGAGUAAGCUGGACAUCUGGGAGCAGGAAGUCCAAGAGGCCAUCCAAGCCAUGACCGAAUCCAAAUCCGAGGCCUUGCCGACCUCCUCCCCUCAACACGGAGGUCUUCGCGGUCUGGAGGAGCGUGCGACUCUCCUCGAACGGGCACGGCUUGGAGUGAAGAUGGGCCAGCGGCCGCAGCAAGCCUUGGCUGGGUCAAUGUCGGAGACGAUUUUGCCCUGCGACCUCUUGUCAGAGUCAGUGGCUUCCGCUUCUUUCACUGCCUCUUCGCAGUGGAAAGACGCCGCCAGACCUUCAUUGACUCACAUGACCCAGGACUCAAUGCAACCUGCAGGCGGCCAUCCAGAUGUCCUCAGCAGAACGCAGCCUGCAGUCCCAUCCAUGAUGGAGGCGCCACUGUCUAGCCGCUCCCGCUACAGAGUCAUUGAGGCAAGCCAUGCAAGCCCUUCAAGGCGACCCAGCUAUCAGUCACUGGAGCUUUCAGGACAGGCUCGAUCCGGGCAGACAGCUGGCGCAUCGACAGGGCUAAGGCUGCCUGUGAGGCGCCGGGACUGUGAGGACUCUCGGCCUGCUGGAAACUGGACGCAGCCGAGCCAGGCGCCCGUGAUGGCGCCCGUGCAGGCGCAGGCGGCCAGGCCUGGCCUUGGCAGAGAGGAUCCAACUCCAGCCUACAGGAUUGCAGAUGCCCAGGCUUCCUCUGCAGCUGCCCCAGGGGUUCAUACGUCUGCCGAUAACCUGGAAGCGUACCAGCUUGUUGACGAUGACCUGGGUCGCUUAGUGCAGUGGACCCUCGGAAGCCAGCAGGAGCUGUGGGAAGUGCGCUUCGUGUUCACACAUGUCUGUGGUCCGAACGGGGGCACUGUCCUCGGCUUGGGAUUCGGGACGGCUGAUGCGAGAAUGGAAGAAGUGGACAUCCUGGAGUGCGAGAGCUUAGCAGUCUGCGAUGCCUACGAUGGCGAAAUCAACAUCCUGGGACAGCAAGUCAGCAAGGAUGGCUUGGACCUUUGUGAGCCGAGUUCUGGCACGUGCGAGGAAGAAUCCAUAACUGCGAUGUACGAUUCCUCCCAAGGGCUGCUCAGGUUCACGGUCGACUCGCGGAGAUGUCGUGGACAGUUCCGAGUGGACAUCACGAAGGAGAAAAGCAAGGUGGGCACCUUAGAAUGGAAGAGUAUCCGGGCAAUGCGGAGCCGUCUCCUGUCUCAGGUUCGCAUCGAGCUCAUAAGGCCAUGCCAGUUCCUCGAGACGAGCGCUUACUUCGGUGCUACAGACUUCCCCAGCGGAUGUGUCAUCUUUGAAGUGGACGGCCGCAAGCUGCGGGCAGACAAGUUUCUGCUGGCAGCUCGCUCGGUCUACUUUGAGCGUAUGCUCCAUACUGGCAUGAGCGAGGGAGCCGCAUCGCGAGUUCCCAUUCCGAGGGCAUCAGCCCCUGCUUUCGAAGCAGUUCUGCGAUUCAUCUAUUCCGCCGGCCAAGCUGGGCAAGUGCUUUUCGAGCACGCAGAUCCACUGGAAGUCCUGCACCUUUCAGUUGAGUUCCUGCUGGAGGAUCUGACCCGGCUUUGUGAAUGGAAGCUCAUGCAGGGACUGACGCUGGAAAAUGCUCUUGCCACUUUUGGAUCCGUGGUCACUGUCCGCAACCAGGUGCCGGCUCUGGUGGAAUCUUGCAUAGAAAGGAUGCAGGGCCGCAUGAAAGAUGUAGUUGGAAGCGAAUCCUUCAAAGAGCUCUGCCGUAGUGAAGUUGGCGUGCGGGAGUUGCUUCUUUCGCUCGAUGAGCCUCUCGCAAAGCGGCGUCGAAUGCUUCCUGGUGUCAGACCAGGCUGA